AUGAAUAUUAUCAGGCACAAGUCUAGUGUCAAGUCACAGAUGAUGUCUAUUCUGUCUGCCAACCUUUCCGAGGACGGUUGUAGAGCGAUGAUGCUUCCCACAAUCGGCAUUUUGAUGAUGCACAUAAUAACACUCUAUCUAAUGGUCAUAUGCAAAACUGCAAAAAAGGAUUUGAACAGGAAAGCAGCAGGCCGUACACCCAAAAAUGCUACUCCAGUGAUCAAAAAAGAGCAACAAAAAGAAGGUGAAGAGAAAAAAGAGAAAGCAGAAGAGAAUAAAAGUCUCCAGAAUGAUGGAGACAAGACAGCGCUGGAAGCAGAGAAGAAAGAUGAAAACCAGAAAGGAGAUGAGCAGCAACAAAAAGAUAAGUCCAAUAAAGCGAAGCAAGGAGAAAAGAAGGAGGAAAUGGGGGACAAGAACGAAGAUAAAGAAGCAGUCAAAAAAGAGGACAAGAGCAAGCCUAAGGGAGAAAAUGUGGAAAAGAAUGAGGUUAAACAAGAGCAGGAGAGAGAGAAAGACAAGCACGAAGACGUGCCCCCCGGUGAAGUAAAAGACAAGAAAGAAGAUGAUGGCAAGCCGGAUAAACUGGAGACAGAGAAAAAAGAUGUCAAAGAUCAAGAAGAAAAGAAGUCAGAAAAGGGAGGAGAUAACAACCACAUCGAAAUGAAAGAGGAAGAAACACAAGUAGUAGAUCCUGGUGAAUCACAAGGAACUCCAUCGUUGCACAAGGAAAAUGCGAACAAUAAUUUGACAGAUGCGGCUCUUACUAUUUAUCCAAAGGAGAUUAGAUGGGAAUAUGAGCAGGGACAGCAGAACAUUAGAAUAAAAAACGAUACAAAGUACCGCUUUGCGUUCAAGUUUAGAUGCACGGAUAACGCCCUGUACAGUGUGUCUCCCGUAAUGGACUUUGUUGACGCUGGUAAAUUCGUAAAUGUUGCUGUGGUACGAGCAAAAGGACCUUUCAAAAAGGAUAAAUUUGUAAUAUGUUCGAAGCAGGUGUCUGAAGAUGAGAAGGAUGCCUAUGCGGUGUUUAAAACUGGCACACCUCAUAUAGAUACUGUCUCCAUGGAUCAGCUUGUGAGAGCAUAGAGAAAGAAGAAGUAUAGAUCUUGUCAAGAAUUUAACUCAGUUGCCAAACAAUAAUGAAAAUAAAAGAUAAACAUUCGAUUUUUUCUCGUUUCAUCGUAGGAAUAGUUGUGCAUGGUUAUCGGUAGUCGUCAUUAUGCUGUGUUUAACUGACAUAGGCUUCAUGAAAUAAAAUAAACA